CCUGCGCCGUGAUCUUUCCAGAGGCGGCUGUCUGGACUCUAGUCUUUCUUCUUCCCGUCUUUCCCCUCCUCUUGCAUCUCCCAAACCACGAUACCUCAGGCAUCGAAUCAUGGACGGAGGAGGUAGCGCGACGCCCUUCUCCCCUACCAUCACCACCCCGUCUACCUCGCAGGGUGAGUCGCUGCAAGGGGAUAGGGGAGCUGCUAUUGAUGCCGAGAUGGUCAGGGUUAACAAGCUACCAGCCAAUAGUUCCUACGCGAUUCACCGCAUGAAGGUGCUGAGCAAACUUCGCCAUCUGAUUUCUAUAAAGAGGACAACGUCCCAGGAUGAGGAGCUUGAACUCCUUUUUGCAAGCCUUUCAAUUUGAAGUCAAUCUUCAGUAUCAACAUGUACUAGGUGACGUCACUGCUUUGGUGUUUUAGCUGUCCCUGCCUGGCCAGUGUAACAUAUAUUCUCCACAGUGUUAAGGAACUUGAUGAGCUAGAGAUAUUGUGUUCCUCUUUGAAUAAAGUUCCUUGUGAUGGAUGUAAUCUUUUGGACCCAAAUUUGGCUACACCAUGACUUUCGCCAUCUCAGUGCAUAGAAUGUCAGCUAAAUAAUUAUGUUGUUAUGCAUCAAUGCUUUGCUGCUCUGACAAUAGAAUAUGCAUUACUCUAAAAUAUACUGGUUUGGUCUC